UACUGAAAGAGUUGUGAGAGCAAGGUCAGUACAGCGCACUAGUUGUGGCCAACCACGUUCAUAGAAAUGGGGCUUAAAACAAACAGGGGAGUUGUUUUAUUUUUGUGUCUCGUAUUUCUUUACAUUGGCCAAACAUGUGGUAUAACCCUUGAAAUAGUGCAAAGAGAUGAGAUGCAUCUUGAAAAAAGGUCUGCGAAUAUUCACACUGGGACAAUUACUUUUGGCACAGGUGAUAUUUCACUGGGUCAAAAUCUGGAAUAUGAGAGACGAUAUAUUGGACGAGAAACUGCAGACGGUGGCUCUGUUAACAUCCAAGCCGAUGACCCAGGACUGGUGGGUGGACAAAGCGGUAUUGAUGACUAUAGGGCCUGGCAUCGUAUGCAACCAGAUUUAUUAUGUACUAAUGACCUCAUGAAGUUCUCGGCACAAGGCCCUGGGUGCUAUUCACUCCAGUUAGACAGAGGUGGCAAGCCUCUCUCGCUAACCCAGCUACCACAAGACUGUGGCUACUCUGUGACAAGGACUGCGGUGGGCCUUGUGUUUCUCGCCUCUCUUGAUGGUUGUGAUAUUGUAAAACAGGGCAAUAGCCACUUGCUGCAGAUGUUGUGGCAAGGCAAUCCAGUAACCCUCUCCUGCCCUGUGUCAAGCUCAGACCAAGUCUCUCCAGUUUUAUCUACUACUCCAGCUCCAACUACCGAAGCACCUUCUACAGCUGCCAAGAUUCCUCCACAGUAUCAACAGUGGCCGUAUCCCUCCUUUGGAGGCUACUACCCCCCUUUAAUGCCGGUGCAGACUCCCCCUCAAACUACAGAAGCGCCAACUACAGAAGCACCUGCUACAGCUGCCAAGCUUCCUCCACAGAAUCAACAGUGGACGUAUCCCUCCUUUGGAGGCUACUACCCCCCUCAAACUACAGCAGCGCCAACUACAGCAGUGCCAACUACAGCUGCCAAGAUUCCUCCACAGAAUCAACAGUGGACGUAUCCCUCCUUUGGAGGCUACUACCCCCCUUUAAUGCCGGUGCAGACUCCCGCGCCAACUACAGAAGCGCCAGCUACAGCAGCGCCAUGCACUAGAGAUGUACUUUCCACUACAGAUGCCCCUGCCACAGCAGCGCCAACUACAGAAGCGCCAGCUACAGCAGCGCCAUGCACUAGAGAUGUACUUUCCACUACAGAUGCCCCUGCCACAGCACCGCCAACUACAGAAGCGCCAGCUACAGCAGCGCCAUGCACUAGAGAUGUACUUUCCACUACAGAUGCCCCUGCCACAGCAGCGCCAUGCACUAGAGAUGUACUUUCCACUACAGAUGCCCCUGCCACAGCACCGCCAACUACAGAAGCGCCAGCUACAGCAGCGCCAUGCACUAGAGAUGUACUUUCCACUACAGAUGCCCCUGCCACAGCAGCGCCAUGCACUAGAGAUGUACUUUCCACUACAGAUGCCCCUGCCACAGCAGCGCCAUGCACUAGAGAUGUACUUUCCACUACAGAUGCCCCUGCCACAGCAGCGCCAACUACAGAAGCACCUCCCACAGCUGCCAAGAUUCCUCCACAGUAUCAACAGUGGAUGUAUCCCUCCUUUGGAGGCUACUACCCCCCUUUAAUGCCGGUGCAGACUCCCCCUCAAAAUACAGAAGCGCCAACUACAGAAGCACCUGCUACAGCUGCCAAGCUUCCUCCACAGAAUCAACAGUGGACGUAUCCCUCCUUUGGAGACUACUACCCCCCUUUAAUGCCGGUGCAGACUCCCCCUCAAACUACAGAAGCACCUCCCACAGCUGCCAACCUUCCUCCACAGAAUCAACAGUGGACGUAUCCCUCCUUUGAAGGCUACUACCCCCCUUUAAUGCCGGUGCAGACUCCCCCUCAAACUACAGAAGCACCUGCUACAGCUGCCAACCUUCCUCCACAGAAUCAACAGUGGACGUAUCCCUCCUUUGGAGACUACUACCCCCCUUUAAUGCCGGUGCAGACUCCCCCUCAAACUACAGAAGCACCUCCCACAGCUGCCAACCUUCCUCCACAGAAUCAACUGCAGCAACCGUGGAUGCAUCCACUCUUUGGAGGCUACUACCCCCCUUUAAUGCCGGUGCAGACUCCCCCUCCAACUACAGAAGCACCUGCUACAGCUGCCAAGCUUCCUCCACAGAAUCAACAGUGGAUGCAUCCAUACUUUGGAGGCUAUUACCCCCCUUUAAUGCCUGUGAAGGCUUAAACCACUGUUGCACCAACUACAGAAGUACCUUCUACAGCUGUUCCACAGAAUCAAUGAACCACUUAUUACGAGUGCCAUCAGUACCUUUUUAACAGCACCCCAAAACGGAUGCCCUACUCCAAAGCUUUUACUUUGUAACUCCUCAGUCUCUCUAUUCUUAUAUGUGUUAUGUAAUGCAUAUAUUAAAAGUGUAUUUGGAAUUAA